AUGGCGCAGCCACAGAGCGGCACGGAUACGCGACAGGGGCCCGGCAGCAAGCCCUCGGAGGAGGGCAGGAAUGUGAACGGCGCCACUGGACCACUGGGACGCGCGGCGGCCUCGGCGCUCUCCGUCCGCGAGGGCUUCCGCGGCGCCUGCGUCUUCCUGACGGGCGCGACGGGCUACGUGGGUAGCCUGGUGCUGGAGCAGAUCCUGAGGGUGUGCCCGGAGGUGGACCGGGUGUACGUGCUGUCCAGGGGCAAGAAGUCCGCUAGUGCGAGAGAGCGCGUGGAUCGUCUCCUGCAGAUGGGCCUGUUCCACAAGCUCUGGGACUCACCGGACGUCUUGGCGAAGGUCCAUGUGAUCGAAGGCGACAUCACAAAGGAGGGCCUGAGCCUCAGCAUGGAGGACUCAAAGGAAGUGCUGCGCAACACGACGAUCUUGAUUCAUUCGGCGGCGACUGUGGCCCUUGACGACCACAUCCAGCACGCUGUCAAGAACAACUAUAUGGCGACGCGGAACGUGUUAGAGCUGUGCGUGCAUAUGUCGCAGUUGAAGGCGUAUCUGCACGUAUCGACGGCUUACGUCGGCGUUGCGCACGGCAAGGGCAGCACCGUUCUGGAGAAAAUCUAUCCACUCAUGGAUGGCGACCAGGUGGUUGAUCACCAAGAAGUGGCAUACGAGCUCUUGCGCAUGCCUGAGAAGGAGGCUGCUGAGCGCUGCACGAUGUACUUGAAGCGGUGGAAUAUGGCCAACACAUACUGCCUCAGCAAGCACCUCGCUGAGCAGCUGGUGGUCAGCUACCACAGGAAGCCAUUCCCGGUGUGCAUCGUUCGGCCGAGCAUGAUCACCGGCUUGGCAGGCAGCCCUUAUCCCGGGUACCUGGGCAACCUCGCCGGAGGCGGGGGAUACACAAUUGCAUAUGCGUUGGGCUUCUUCGAGAAGAACGGUGACGCUUGGUAUCCCCAGUCUGUCAUCGACAUCAUCCCCGGGGACGUCGUCUCAUCGGUGGUUCUCGCGGCGGCGGCUUCCACUGUGAAGGCCCCUCUUCGGGAGCAUGAGCCCAUGAUUUUCCAUGCCACAAGCUCCACAACGUAUCCGGCAACCAGCUACGAAAUGUAUCUCUAUGCACAGCGUUUCUUCACCGCAAACCGCCCACCCUUCUGCCUUUUGCCAUUUGGAUACCCUGACUAUCCUGCGGAUUACGUCCCUUGCCCCUAUCGGCUGUGGUUUGCAAAGUCCUGCACAUCCGUGAAGGUGCAUGCUCUGUGCUACCUAAUGCGCUUGUUUGGAAAGGCGCGCGCAGCCCAACGGCUGUAUACAGGAUGGAAGGCAUGGGCCUACGGCAAUUGCGAACGCCAUGAUUUCGACUUAUACUUCAGCUGCGCCAACACCAAGGCGCUUGACCGGGCUCUCAUGGAGGACGAGAGGAAGGACAUACGGUGCCUGUGGACGAGACAAACGGGGGACUGGAAUCGGUAUUUCCGGACGCACAUGGCUGGAAUAUUGAAGCUUUUUCUGAAGAAAGAUGCAAGAACGGAUGACCACGACUUCAAGUUCAUUAUUUCCAGACAGGCCCCCCUUUCCACAAAUGAUGAUAAGGUUGCCAAUUGA